CUCUUCUGUUUUCCCCCUCUCUUAAUAAACUUCUCGAUCUCUGCUCGCUAAUCUCUCAUUUCCCUUUCCAUUCCUCGCCCCUUCUCUUGCAAUUUCUGUCCCAUUUUGAAUUUGGGUUUUUAAUUUCUGAAACAGGGUUGAAAUCUGAAAGUCUCCCUUGUGUUUUUUUUUUUAAUUAUUGGGUUGUGGGUGAUUUGGGUUUCUUGUUUUUCUGUGUUCGGGAUCAGUCUGUAUCUGGGGUUGUGUUUUUCUUCUUCUUCUAUUUUGUUUCUGCCUUGUUUAUUUUGUUGGCAUUUUGAAUUUUGAAUCUCUGGUUUGAUAAUGGACGGCCGAGAUCAUCAUCAUCGUUUUGGUUUAGUGGCGCAUGCCCCUCCUCCUGGUGACUUCGUACGUUUGAAGAAUACCGGUUCUAAAGACGAUCUAUAUCUAAGUAAAAGGGAUAGAAUGCGCAGGUGGCUUUGUUGUACUUGUCAAGUCGAAGACCCCUACCCAUCAGCAGAAAGUGAGCACCUGAAAAGCCCACGAAGUUAUGGAGAUGGUCACCAAAAGGGCUCGAAAGAGUCGGCCCCUGUCAAGGUUGAAGCACCAAAAACUCCACCUCCCAUAGAAGUACCAGUACUGCCUCUGGAAGAACUGAAAGGAAUGACCGACAACUUCGGGUCCAAAGCACUUAUUGGUGAAGGAUCUUAUGGUCGAGUUUAUUAUGCUAGCUUAAUCAAUGGGAAGGCUGUGGCAGUAAAGAAGCUCGACGUUUCCUCUGAGCCUGACUCGAAUGGUGACUUUUUGACUCAGGUUUCUACAGUCUCUAGGUUGAAACAUGAAAAUUUUGUUGAGUUGCAAGGAUAUUGUGUCGAAGGAAAUUUCCGUGUACUUGCCUACGAGUUUGCAACUAUGGGUUCUCUACAUGACAUAUUGCAUGGUAGAAAGGGAGUGCAAGGGGCACAGCCCGGUCCGGUGCUUGAUUGGAUGCAGCGUGUGACAAUUGCUGUUGAUGCAGCCAGAGGAUUGGAAUACUUGCACGAGAAAGUUCAACCUUCUAUCAUACAUAGAGAUGUUAGGUCCAGCAACGUGCUCCUCUUUGAAGACUUUAAAUCCAAGAUUGCAGACUUUAACCUUUCAAACCAGGCUCCUGACAUGGCUGCUCGUCUUCAUUCUACUCGAGUUUUGGGAACUUUUGGCUAUCAUGCUCCUGAGUAUGCAAUGACUGGACAAUUGACACAAAAGAGUGAUGUCUACAGCUUCGGCGUGGUUCUACUUGAGCUUUUGACUGGGAGGAAACCCGUUGAUCACACCAUGCCUCGCGGGCAGCAGAGUCUUGUUACAUGGGCUACUCCAAGGCUAAGUGAAGACAAAGUUAAACAAUGUGUAGAUCCAAGGCUGAAGGGCGAAUAUCCUCCCAAAGGAGUUGCCAAGCUUGCAGCCGUUGCAGCACUGUGUGUCCAGUAUGAAGCGGAGUUCAGGCCGAACAUGAGCAUUGUCGUCAAGGCUCUGCAGCCGCUUCUAAAGCCACCUGCCAUGGCUCCCCCGAUCGUGGAGCCUUGAAGUAAAUCGAACUCAGUUUUCUUCCUCACUGUUGAUAUAUAUGUCAGCCUACAUUGCAAAGUUUGCUGCUUUCUUCAUGGUGACCAUACAGAAUUCAUAAUAUUCAUUAUUUAUUCCAAUUAUUGCUGUUGUUUUUACUUGAAGAUCCGUUGAGUCAUGUUUGGUUGGAUUUGAAUAGGUUGCUUUCUUGGAAGCAAUUCUUCUUGUGUAGAAGCUGCUACUGCUGGUAUUAGCCCUCAGUUGUUUAAAAAAUCUCAUUUCCCCCUCCUUUUUCCCUUCUUUUUUGGAGUCAUCAAGUGGAGACUGAGUGGGAGUGGCAUGGUGUGGUGGAAAAUACAUAUGAAGAAUGUUGUUUUCUUUCCCUUCUCUCUUUUCGUUUUAAUGGAUAUGGAUUGUUUUUUCAGUUGUCAUGGAAUAAUGGUGGUGUGCCUAUUUAUUUAUUAAUAAUUAUUUUAUCUA